GUGGGCACGGCUCAAAUGUCAAACGCGGCUAUUUCGUCAACAGAGUCGUAGCGCGGUAGUUGGAUUUUAUAAAAUAACAACAAAUAUUGUUUUAGUUUACAAAAAAGAAAAUGGAUAUUAAGCGAUAAAACUCGAUAUACUGCUUUACAUUAUAUAACAUUAUUGUUACUUAUCGUGUGUUGGAGAGAACAUUACCUCGCGUAGUUUUUGCGAAUCGUUUGAUAUUGAUUUUUAUUCUUCGCCGGUUUUAUAACAUUGUUAGAAGUUAACUAUAUAACUUAGCGCACUAUCAUUAAUUCUAUAAUAAGACUUAAGUGUUAUUUACAUGUUUGUUAUUGCCAAGUGAUAAACAUAUAAACUUUCGACCCUGCAUUGUGUUGUAUCGUGGGAAAAAAUAGAAAAUAAGAUGAAGAAAGUUGAAUCCCCCCUGGAUGUGCUGUCACGCGCCGCAACUAUGGUGCAGCCUUGUCCAGCCUACCCGGCAAGUGAUUCGGAUGGUUUUGAAUCUCCGAGCACCGCCUCUAGUGGUGAGUCGGAGGGAGAUCGUACGCUGUCUCCCGAGGCGCCGCGCGCGCAGACCAAGGAGCUCACCGGCAAGUGGCGGCGGGAACGACGCUCCACGCGCCAGCCCGACUAUAGACCGAAGGAAAAUGGAAAAAUGGCGUUACGGUCGCAGUCAUUCAACGAGCGACGCAACGUACAAUCAAUUGCGCGCGCUCAGCCUCACAGCGACGGCGAACUAUCUGAUGAGGUCGAUGAGGCGCCGGCUAACCUGGCACUCAAUGGUAAAGCUCCACCUGAGUAUCCCGGUAUGAAACAUGAAGCACCCAUCGACAUGAGGUUAAGAUCGAGACCGGCACCCCCGCCCUACAAUAGACCUUCAGUUAUAAAGAGCAAUGAUUCUCCGCCUGGUUCAAUGUCGAUGUGCGAUCCCGUAAUAGACGAGCACUUCCGUCGUUCACUCGGCGACGACUACAUGAACUUGUUCAAAAAGAAUGCCCCAGAUUCGCAGCCUGGCCCCAAACCCAACACAAAAGACCGAGCUAGCAGCCCCAUACAGUUCAAAAUCGAUGAAGAGCAGAAACCAGCAAAAAUUAUCGCUAUGGAAGUCGACGACGCCAGUCUUUCAGUAGACGAUCAUUUCGCAAAAGCCCUCGGAGACACCUGGCGUCAAAUACAAACGUCGAGGUUAAAAGAAAAUGAAAAGAACACGUCUAAAGGUGGAGUCGACGAUCAUUUCAGCAAAGCCCUAGGGGACACAUGGAAAAAAAUUAAAUCCUCUAAACUCAAUAUAGAUGAAGAUAAAAAAGACCAAACCAAUAAAAUUAUUACAAGGAGCGGAGUCGUUAUAUAAUGGUUGUAUUAAGCACUGAAGGGUCCAGUUUAUGGUUUUACGGUUCUAACUGUAGUAUCAAAAAAUUACUAAUUUAACCUGAAGUUCGCCUAUAUUUUGGCUC